AUGGCCUCACCGUACUUGAGACGCGCUGUAGCACACUGCUCGCCAUUGUGGACCCCGAUAUCACUGCAGAAUCCAACCCAAAGGUUCUUUACAACAAAUAUAGGGCUUCAGGGUGUUCGGUCUGUGCCCCCCCUCGCUCGAUCGCAACCGUUGUCGCGUCCUUCCCCCCGAAUAUCGGAUUCAGCGCGUUCUAUACGUCUCUAUUCUUGGCGACGAUAUACGGCUCCCCCACGCAAACACACAUUCCUAGACAGGAUCCCCCACGACUACAUCAUCUAUGGCAUCCUCGCCGCGAAUGGCAUUGUGUUCGGCAUGUGGUACUUGGCCGACGUAGACUACAAAACAGGCGAUCCAUCCAGCUUGUUAUGGAUGAGAGACAAUUUCACCAUGAGCAUGCGAAACGUAACCAAUUCUCGACCAUGGGUCUUGGUGACCUCAAUAUUCUCCCACUCUGGGAUGGCGCACAUCCUCUUCAACUGCUUCGCGUUCUACUGCGUGGCACCCCCGGUACUCGGCAUGCUGGGCGGCCGCUCCUUCCUCACACUCUACUUCGCAGGUGGAAUAUUCGCAAAUUUGGUCAGCAGCACGUACAACAAGGUAUUCAAAGGCCGUGAUAUGCAAUCUGUUGGGGCAUCAGCGGCCAUCUAUUCUGCGGUGACCUACCUGGCUUGUGCAGCACCUCGAACUACAUUCUACCUCUACGCCGUCAUACCUAUACCAGCAUGGCUACUCGUACCCGCCAUUCUCGGGUUCGAUAUGUGGUCUUGGGUAUCAAACAGGGAAACAACAACCGACUCCCUUGGUCAUGUCGGCGGUAUCCUGGCUGGCGCAGCAUACUUCCUGGGUCGUAGAUUCGGUAUCUUCAGAUUUUAA